AGACGCAGCAUGCGGGAGCCAGCGGCGGAGCUGUUUCUGCUUCUGGAGUGAAACGCAAUCUUGAAAACGCCGGCGUGUAGAUUGGUGAAUCCAAAUGGGAAAUCAAAAGCAUAAGUGGACCGCCGAGGAAGAAGAAGCUUUGCUCGCUGGCAUUGGGAAGCAUGGCCCCGGCAAGUGGAAGAAUAUCCUCAAAGAUCCCGAGUUUGCCCCUUUUCUCACUCACCGUUCCAACAUCGAUCUUAAGGAUAAAUGGCGAAAUUUAAGUGUCAGUACUUCAGCUCAGGGAUCUAAAGAAAAAGCUAGGAACCCGAAGACUAAAACUACGGAACCUGCUACACCUGCGGGCACGCAAAAUGCUUCUGUUGCUCCUCCACUUCGUCAAUGUGCAGCUUCUGAUGCCGUCGCAGAUGAUUCAUCUCACAAUGCACAGGAUGUCAAACAUGCUCCCCAGUACAAUGCAAUGAUUUUUGAGGCCCUAUCAAUGAUAAAAGAUUCCAAUGGAUCUGACCUAAACGCUAUUGUUAGUUUCAUUGAGCAAAAGCAUGAGGUUCCCCAAAAUUUCAGACGAGCAGUAGGUGCAAGGUUGAGGAAGCUUGUUGAUCAAGGAAAACUUGAAAAGGUACAAAAUUGUUACAAGAUAAAGAGAGCGACGCCUCCUGAGACAAAACCACCUGCUCCAAAACCAAACGAUUCCAGGCCACGUCAAUCACCAGCGUCUGGAUUUACGGCAUCUCAAGAGACAGUGAUGGAUGCUGCGGAGAUUGCGGCAUACAGAAUAGCUGAAGCAGAGCACAAAUCACAUUGGGCUGCUGAAGCAAUCAAGGAGGCAGAAAAAUUCUCGAAGUUGGCCGAAGACGCUGAUGCAAUGUUACAGCUAGCGAAGGAGAUUUAUGACCAAUGUUCACGGGGUGAAAUCAUACUGCUGGCUUAACUUAUACAGAAAUGCAAGGUCGUUAGAUGGAGUCCUAUUGACUUUGGUAUUUAUGUAAAUUUUGUGAUCCAAUGAAAUGAUGAUCUGCCUAAUUCCCCCCUUACCAAGGAAAAAAAAAAAUUUCACUUGGGAUUGGAAAGGUCUGUGGUAUUUCAAAUCCUCAAUACUUGUAUAGCUAAUAUCAAAAGCAGUGCUUAUUUGAGGCUGUUAGCUUCUUUUCGUACA